AUGGACUACACCGAGAUUCAACCACCCCAAGAUCCAGGAAUGAUGCCUUCGAAUGCGCAAACGAAAGCCAAAGACCUGCCAGUCAAGUUGACCUCGCUCGACCAAGCGCUUCAGCCAUUUCGCCAUUCGUAUCCCCACACGGUUCUAAAUCUUGCGGUCUUUGACGUAGUUCUCCAAGACGUUUAUGAGUGUCACAAGGAGUUUCCGGAUGAGCUGCCACCAACAGGCGAACAGGAGCACAUCCAUGAACUAUGGUCUCGUCUGUCACGGACUCUUCGAUAUCCUCAUUCGUCCUGGUAUGCCGACCCGGAAUCACUGCAAGUGGCGCAGCUGAUGGCCAAGCAAGACCCAGUCCGCAUCUGGUUCGAGCUCUACUCGCAUGUUCGACAAGAUAUUUUAAAUGGCGAUCCCAUCGAAUCUGUGAUGGAUAUCGGGCAAUGGUACACCAAAGUUCAAAGGGGAGUGAAGUGGCUGGUAGAGUGCGCCACUCUCAGCUUGUCCGAAGAGCGUUCGAAGGAGGACGAUACUGCGAUAGCAAAUUUGACAGCUGUCGCAACCUGCGGGCCGAUUUAUGGUUCAGGGGAGUUGAAUCCUGCUCCCGCUCAUUCUCAAGAACUCUUCGGCCCUGGAGGCGUACUGUGGUCGGUAAUGGAGGUCUUCACCCGCGAGCCGGGUGCCAAACGUGGUAUCGCAUGUAUACUGGACUUGGUUAUCGCGCUGGCUUUGAACAUUGCCCUUAUCUUCAAAUACUCCUGGGAACACCAUGCUCGUAUGUGCGACCAGCAACCUGCAUACAAGUGGUAUGCGAUGGGCCUAGAGGAAGCCCGGUCCAGAUUUAGGACCGACGUCCAAUGCCAGGAUCCCCAAGCAUUACUUCCAUAUCAUAUUCGAGAUGUCCUAAAGGACAUCGACCUCAUUGGGCUUUGGGACGCUAUAUGGAACAAGGCAAACCUUCUGAGCCGUACUUUCGGCUUUGAACCACAAUACCUGGAGUGCAACCUCUUUAUUUGGGCUGUGCAACAAAUGAAGCUUCCCUCCUCCGAUCCCAGACCCUGGAUACCGCUUGCCAACGUGGCUCUUAUCACUGAAAUGCGGUGUAAGGAGUAUGAGAUGAACACAGAAGGCGCUCUGAACAGCGCGCCAAGCGACUUCUGCAUACCUCCAGAAGACUUUGACGUAUCAAAUAUCUUCAAAUGCCGGGUAAACGUGGAAGUUAUACUGCGCAGCCGAGGACCGCGAUUUUCGUCCACAGGACGGGGUCAACGCUUCUAUGAUGAGGACGACAAUCCCGAAAUAACCGAUGCAGACAAUGAAGAACGCGAAAUUCCGGAUCUCACCAUCGCAGAUACCGCCGACGUUGAACCUUACGGCCCUCUUCUCGAUCUCACUGAUCUUGCGGCUGCCACAACAACAGUUCCCGAGGACCAAUGCUGUACAAUCUGCAUGGAAGAUCACUCCCAUAGUAGUAGUGACAGUCACGCGGGAACCAUGAAGCUCAAUUCGUGCGGACAUUUGUUCCACUACAAGUGCAUCUUCGAAUGGCUCAACGGCACAUCCUCUAAUAGCAACCUUUGCCCUGAAUGCCGUGUCCAAUUCAGCGAGUAG